GCUUCCACACUGUGGCAUGGCCCAGAGCUAGAGAUAACCUGGCCUCUGUGUGUGUGAGCUAACAGGACACUCACUACAUCACAAGUAUACCUCAGACUGAGUGUAAGUGUGCAGUGCAUGUAUGAAGAUUUGGGAAAGGCAAUUAAUGGUGUUUUGGGGUUUACUUGCAGUACAUUUUAGGGGUGUUUUGGGUUUCUGUCAUGUCAUUAAUGUUACAGACUUGUGAAUUUAUAUGCCAAUGGUAAAUGCUAAUCAAGCUCAUCACUCCUCUCUCUCUGUCUCUCUGGAAACAAACACCUCCCUUUUGACAGCGUGUCUCUCUCUCUCCUACCUCUCUGGAAACACCUCCCUUUUGACAGCCUCUCUUGGCCCAGGUUUGGCCGGUCCUCUCUCUCUGAGUAGAGGGAGUGGUGGUGUAGCACAGUUGAUGUUGAGGAGAGAGGCAGCACAUGUGAAGGCUGUUCUCUAACUGACUGUCUCCAACUUUACAGAGAGGCCAGGUCAAGCACCGCUGAGCCUUGGAUCUUUCCCAUCUUAACCAGGAGUACAACAGCCUGAUCGGACUAACUGUUCCUACUCCUCUACGCCUCUGAGAUCCUAUAAUAUCUCCUCCACUUUUUUUCACAGCCUGUGGCAAUAUUUGCUUUACACAUAGAUGGACAUAGAAUCAUUGUUGGAUCUGUGGAUUGACUGUGAAGCCACAAAUUCAACUGACUUUAUCAAGAUUAAGGUCCUUGUAUUGGAGACAGGCCUGGAACUGACACCAUAGAGACCUAGAGAUGUGAUGACCAGAGAAGUCGGCAAAACAGAAGAACUUGUAAUAUUGUUGAUGAAUGGUGUCAACCAAACAGAGGUCAAAAUGGAACCAAUUAGAAAAGACAUGGAGCUGCUAAGUAACAGCAUGGCGACCUAUGCUCACAUCAAAGCCAACCCAGAGAGCUUUGCUUUGUACUUCAUGAUGGGUGUGUGUUUUGGCCUGCUCCUGGCCCUGUGCCUCCUGGUCACCGGCAUCGCCUGUAGCACCCGUCGUGGUCGCACCAAGAACAAGAAGGCUCCCCCCUCCCCAGAAAGGAGACAACUGAAGUCUAGCGAAGAAGAUGAGGAACAGGAGAACGUGGAUGUGGAAGACGGGGAGGAGGUUGAGAUCCCUAAAGUGACUGUGGUGCCCAUGAGCAACCAAUCAAACGGUACUUUGAGGAGUGUGAACGUGUUUGCGUCGGCGGAUGAGCUGGAGAGGGCGAGGCAACUGGAGGAGAGGGAGCGCAUCAUCAGAGAAAUCUGGAGAAACGGGCAGCCUGAUAUACUGGCCACUGGGACAGGGACCAUCGGAUAGGGACACUACCUCUAAAGGAACUGAAGUGACUUAACAUUUUCCUAACCCUGGUUUAUCUACUACUGCAGAGGACUUUAUUGGGCAGGCAUAGAUUUACCUUCAUCUUUUCAUUCAAUGUGUUGUUGUUUUUUUACAAAUGUAUUUCAUUAUCAUUCAUGUAUGACUAUGACAAGUGUGUUGCACAAUACAAUGUAUGCUUUUACAUUUAUACUUCAAUGAGUAUCCAGAUACAUUUUUUAUUUUGGUAAUAAAAAGUUUAUUUCAUAACCACUGGACAUAAAUUAGUAACUUGAAAAAUACCCCAGAUUGAUUUACAAUGCAGACAGCUUGGAGAAACAACUACCAAUAUCGCUGUCUCAACAUGUAUAAUGUUAACAUUUGCUUAUUAUUAUUGACUCACA